UGCACCGUUCUUAUCGGCUGAGUAGCCAGGGGGAACAACGGAGCUGCUAACUGAACCCAAACAAAACGAGGGGAUUGUUAUAAGCUUUUUAAAGAGACUUUGGGGAAGCUUUGCUCAUUUAUCUGAUUACUAAAGGAAAUUUAAUACGGAUUCUGUUUUGAUAUCCACUGCUAGCGGCAGCUGGUGGCUCUGCUGUUAGCAUCAGCUAGCCGGUUAGCUGGUACCAACUGACUUUGUUGAACAAACAAAGGAAAAAACGAAUUAAAUAUACUUUACAUUUUGGAUUGUAUACAGCAGUGCUGAAAGGGAGCGCUUUGCAGUACUAAACGAGUCCGCAGUUAGUUUUUGUUAUACUUGCUCACUUAAUUAAGCUAGGUUCAUAGAGGCUUCACAUCUGUAAAUACGGUUUAGCUUUUUUGGCUGACAUCGAUAUAAAAACACAAUGAACACCGAGGAGAAGGCAGCAGCCCCCACUGCACCCGCUCCGGAGGAUGAUGGCAUGACAUGGUGGUACCGAUGGCUCUGCAAAAUAGCUGGAGUUUUGGGAGGAGUAUCCUGUGCCGUGUCAGGAGUGUGGAACUGUGUCACUGUAAACCCUUUAAACAUUGCUGCUGGAGUAUGGAUGGUGUUGACUGCCUUUGUGCUGUUCCUGUGUGAAGUCCCAUUCUGCUGCCAGUUCAUAGAGUUUGCUAAUGCAGUAGCAGCUCGUGCAGACAAAUUCAAACCUUGGCAGAAAGCCUUCUUCUACUGUGGGUUGGCUCUGUUUCCCAUAUUCUUGAGUUUCUCCCUCACAACCUUGUUUGGAAAUGCCAUCGCCUUUGCUACUGGAGUUCUGUACGGCCUAGCCUCUUUGGGCAAAAAAGGAGACGCAGUGUCUUAUGCCAGACUGCAGCAUCAGAAAAUGGGGGAUGAAGAGAAGAUGACAGAAAAGGCAAGCGGGGCUCCAGAGUGAGACAUCUGCCACCACCUUUCUUUAGUCCUUACUGCCUUCCAUCCAUACAACGUCCUCUUCCAUGCUCCUCUGCUUGUUCCCAUUUCUGUCCCUCCAUACUUAUGGUACUGACUUUAUUUAUUUACUUAAACUGCUGUAUUCUUGUCGUCCUGACCUGAAAGUAUCCUAACAGAUUGAUGUUUGGUUAAGUCCAGUAUUUGCUACCUGGCGUGUAAAUGGGAUCUCUCAUUGUGACUCGACACCUUAGAUUGUAUGUUUUGAUUGUAUGGUUUUUAAGAGUUAUUAUCUUCUCCUGGGUUGUUUAUAUUAUUGGUUACCCUUUGUUGUUUUUUGUUGCCGUUUACCCUUUUUCUGCAGGAAAAUUGUGAGGUACACCUUUUAAGCCCAAGAGCCUUUCAGAAAAUCCCAAUAGGAAUUAAUGUGAUUGUAAAAUGUAGAUAAUUGACUUCAGGUUAUUCGGUUUGCUUUUCAGUUUGCUUAUAGAGAGUGGAUAAAGAUAAUUCAUGGGGUUCAGACUUGUUCUGGCAGCACACACACCCACAUAUCAACAUCAGCUCUUUUGUAGCUCUAACUUCAUUAUCAUUGCAAAGGGUUAGGCAGCCGAGUUUCCAAAGAGUUUAAUGUGAACUCUGCAAUUUAUUUAAAAAAUGUAUUAUCAAGAAGUGAAUGUACUGAAAAUGAACAUUUGAAUCCGAGGACUUGUUAUUAAAUUGUGAUAUAUUUGUAUUGAAAGAAAUGCUUUAAAAAAUAAUUUAGACUUCAAUUCACUAACCCAGAUCUUUAAAUUCCGUCAAGUGUUUCCUUUAGUUUUUGCCUGUAGUUUAUCCAAUUGUACCUUCAUUAGACUUAUUUUACAUAAAUCAAAUUUGUAAGUAUUACAAUAUUACUUCCCAAUACAAAAACAAAAGUCUAAUUUGCCACCUGAAUGCAUUUCCAAACAUAUAUAGGCAUUAGGGAUAUUUUUUGCAUUGGAGAAUGUAUCUGGUAUACCCAAAGAUAAAGAAAAUGAUUACUUUCGUAUAUAUUUUCGUCAGUUGUAUUUGGCUCAGCACAGACAUUCCUGCACUAAACCUUUGGAGGGAGUUAAUACAAAAUGUUCAGUGCAUGUGUCAGCUUGUUUUCUUAUAUUUCCUCAUGAAGAAGCAGCUGCUAUCAAAGUUGUGGCUGCAGAUUUCGUGGUACAUUUUGUAAUGGAAAAAGUGGAAUGUGCACUAGUUUUAUUUUCAUUUUAAAACAUUGUUGCUAUUGAAUAUGCUGUUUCUUUUUAAAUGAGGAGUCUUAAUUAGUACACAUCACCAAAACCCAUAAAAUAUUCCCUGAGGGGAAUGGAUCUUUAUUCAGGGACUUAUUGGUCUGUAUCCCACACUGUCACCAGAGCCAUGGUUUGCCUUUUGUCACUCAAAUGAGGUCUGCAGUGUUCAGCAUUGUACAAUUUGUGUUUGUGUUGUUCUGUUGCUUUUCCUCUGUUGUGUCAUAAUAACAAGGAUGUUUUGGGAAUAACUGUUUACCCGUACCUCCUACAGCUUUUUCUAUCCUAAGUCUUUGACUGGCUGCUCAGUGACUGAGUGGAUUAUUCACACAUUACCACCAGCUCUCAGGUGUCAUACUUCACAAUGCACAGCGUACAGAUACAAUAUAAUUUAUGCAUAAGUGGAUGGUAACUAGCAUAAGCAUUACACUAGAACUACGAAAUGACUAUACAAUUUGAGCCAAUGAAAAAACAUUUGUGUUGCACAAAACUUGCACAUGUGAUUAAACACUACACACACACCAGCAGUAUUACAGUCUGACACUAUACUCUCUUACACUACAGUUCUAGGAUGCAAAAUAAAAAACACUACUUCCUCGUCCACAGCCAUUCAUCCGGUUUUAUUGUUUUUGCAGUGACAUGCAUCAAAGAAUCCCUUGAUUUGAUUUAUUUUACAUUGAGUGCAUAUUGUUUGCUGUAAGGGAUAUGUGUAUAAUGAGUGUUGUGAUGUGAAUCAUUAUCCUGUUCUCAAUUAGGAAAUUAAACACACUUGCUACUACUA